AUGGAAGUGGCCAAGGGAUGGCGGUGGAGUGCAGAUCGAGGAGCCGGUUUGUCGAGCCACCAUCACCCGACACAGAACAUCGAGUCGAUACGCAAGAUGCAGCGAUCCAAGCAUGACGAUGCCGAGGAUGCGGGGCACGUGCUGUGCCUGAAUGCUGGGUCUUCGUCGCUUAAGUUCAAGGUGUAUCGCGCGACGCCCGAGCUGCACGCCGUGCUCGCUGGAUCAGUCAAGCUCACCGAGCACAAUGCGCGGGUGUGCAUCCAGCACGAAAGCGGAGAGUACGAGGAGGAGCAAGACUGGCGCGCCAUCUCGCCCGGUGUGCUGCACCACGUCCUUGCGCUACUGGGCAGGUAUGAAGAGCUGGCUAUCCGGACGGUGGUGCACCGAGUCGUGCAUGGUGCACACCUCGAGUCGGGCCUGGCCAUCACGAGGAGCGAUCAGCACCAUUUGCAAACGCUCGAGUGGCUGGCGCGAUUCGCGCCGCUGCACAACGCCGUGUCGGUUAUGCUGAUCCGUGCGUGUCUAGCAUCGCCGGUGUUGCGGGACUGCGAGAACGUGUGCUGCUUCGACACGCACUUCCACGCAACCAUCGACGAAGUUCGAGGCAGGUACAUGCUAGACCGGGAGUUGGCGGGGAGCGCAUUGCCCGGUGGCAUGGAGAUGCGCAAGUGGGGCUUCCACGGUCUGUCGUACGAAGCAGUUCUGCACACUCUCCCCGCGCUGCUAGGGAGGGAGAGGGGAGAGGUGAAUGCCAUCCUGUGUCACCUGGGCGCAGGAAGCUCAGUGUGCGCGGUAGUAGGUGGUCGCAGCUUCGAUACGUCCAUGGGACUCACGCCGCUCGAAGGGUUGCCGGGCGCAACCAGGUGUGGGACAGUAGACCCCGUGCUGGUGAUGCACAUUCCCAACGCGAACGAGAGGCAGCCCUCGGGUGUUACGCGCGCCGAAGCGGUGCUCAACGAGCAGAGCGGCUUCAAAGCCGUCGCGGGCACGAGCGAUUUCAGGACCAUCGUCCAACGGCACAAGACGGACAGCAGCGAAGGGAAGAGGGCAAAGUUGGCGUUGGAUGUGUAUGUCGAUCGUCUCGUCGGCUUUGUGGGGAGUUAUGCGGCCAAGAUGAGUGCACGUGGCGGAGUGCAUGCGGUCGUGUUUACCGGCGGUAUUGGAGAGGCGAGCCAGGAGCUGCAUGUCGCCUUGGCACAGGCGCUCGCCAUGUCCCCCCUCGCCCCCGCCGACAGCGCGACCAAGGCCAGUGAAGAUUGCCGUCAGCUGCGUCGUGCAGAGCUCGGAUUGGAGGGGGAUGGGUCCGUGCCGUGGUUGGUGUGUCGAACCGAUGAAGAGGCCCAGAUGGCACGUCGAAUGAUGAAAAUGCGUGGAUGA